AUGCAGAUGUUUGGCCAACAGCAGGCUCUCCUCCAGUUCCAAGGUCAGGGUCAGCCUCAGCUUCCGCCCCCAGCUGGUUUCUUCAUACCCAACGCUCCCUUCCAGUUCGGCGCUCCUGCACCAACCCCUAUUCCUCUCUGGUUCCAGCCUCCUCAACAACAGCAGCAGCAAGUUCCUCUUCAGGGAUAUGGCCAGCCGGGUGAAGAACCGGUUGGAGUCAGACAGUUUAAUCAGGGCGUGACUGAGCGCCAAGGUCGGACUCAGGACGAACUCGAUGCCCUCGGCAUCGACGGCACCGAAUUCGUGGAAAAUCUCGACGACGCAGAUAUCGAAGACGGUGAUGAGGCCGUUCAAGACGAUCAAGGCCAGGGAGACGCUGAGGAGAGUGAAGAUGAAGAUAUGCAAGAUGAGGAAAUGCAAGAUGCAGGCACGCGAGAUGCGGGCACGCAAGUUGAGAACAUGCCAAACGACCAACAGCAGCAGCAACAGCCGCAGCAACAGCAACGGCAGCAAGUCCAAGUCGUGCGAAACGUCCCAUAUGUGGAAGACCCCCACAUGUAUGAUGCCGUCAUAUACGAAGACGCGUGGGACACCGAGAGCGACAGGGAACCCGACGUCGAGGUCGAGACUCGCAAGAUCAACGGUGCCACCAAGCAGAGAUACAAGUUCACCGAAGCCUUCCUCAAGGAGCACUUCAAUGGAAAGGAUCCUUACGAAAAAGAGAAGAAGGAGAUCGUCGCCGUUCCCCCCAUGAGAAGCGGUAUGGACCUCAUCACGGCUCUCUGCAAGAACCUCGAGCUCGCCAUCGAACUGGGCAAGCAUCUCCGCGGUGAGGAUAUCCUCAACCUCUACAUUGCCUGCCGCGGCUUCCGUGAGGCCUUGGAUGGCCACAUGCUCUCAUCCAUCCGCGAGUGGAUCAGAAGCAGAGCCCCCGAGGCCGGUAGGCUGUUCCCCUGGCGAAGCGUCGCAAAGUUCCUCGUCCCAGACCCGGCCAAGCGCUCCAGCUCCGGCACCGACAAGACUCCGGGAGGUGUCCGUCUCAUCCCUGGCAUGAAGUAUCUCCAGAUGAUACUCGGCCGUGACCGAUACUGCCGUCAGAUCCUCGCUGUCAUGGCUCGCAUGGGCCUUCGCGUCCCCGACACGAUGCACACCACUCUGCUGCGCAUCUGGCACCUCCUUGAGAUCGCCACCUGUGCUCAGAGAUCCCAGCUGAUGGCCGACACCAAUCUGUGGACCGAUCAGCAUCUCUACAACGCUCAGUUCUUCUUCGUCAAGCUUACCAUGGCCUUCAACCACCCCUUCUUCAGACCCCACUCCCACGAGAUGCUCCAUCUUAUGAUGGGCCAGCGCGGCCUGUACCCCCUGUGGCAGUGCCUCACUCGCAAGAAGUUCAGAACCAUGUCCGAGAUCGUAGAGCUCAAGGCCCGCUACGAUAUGAACCUCCCUCCCCCGGCGUGGUUCAAUCCUAACCGCCGCUUCAUGACCAACUUUCAUGGAGUCCCCUUCCGCGAGCUUGGCGUGGGUCACUGCGAGGGUUGGGGAGCAGGUACUCGCCAUCUGCUUCGCCCAGAUGAGUUGGUCGUUACUGAAUCCAUCAACCGUUCGCUUGAUCUUGACAAGCACUUAAACCACAUGCUCGUUUGGGGCUACAUCGACUUCAAGACCGGAGAGAACCUUGUCCCCACCGAGGAGGAGAUGUACAUCUCUGACGAGGAAGAGGUCCUCGAAGACGUCGACACCACGUGCUGGUGGCAGAAGAGGCACGCCCUAAAGAAGCGAUGGACAGAGUUGACCCCUGAGCAGCGACAAGAGAUCGAGGAAGAUGAAGAGGACGAGCGCCUGCGCGCCAUGGCCUGGUCUGCGCAAUACGAUCCAGAUGAGAAGAACGACCGUCACGCAAGUAAAUGGGACUCUGAGAGCGAAGACGAGUCCGAUCAAGAGUACGAUCCCAACGUCGAGAUCAACCGCGGCUACCGCAUGCAGGCCCUUCCCAAGGACCAACCCUCGCAGGUCCCCGCCCUCGACGACAAAGAAGCCUGGCGUGAUCUCUGCACCGACUUCCUCAUGACGACGCAGGUCGAGGUGAAUGAUGACGAAGUCGCCAAGGCCACCGCGUGGCUCAAGUUCUCCAAGGCCAACAUGGUCACCCCCUUCGACCAAGACCGCUACGACAUGGGAGAUCCCUUUAUGCGGAGCCGGGUCGACUGGGUGGCGCCUCGCUCUCCUCUCAGAGGAGCGCCGUCUGAAGAUGAAGAGGAUGGCGAUGACGAAAUGGAGGAGGAUGGUGAAGAAGAAGGUAACGAAGAAGGUGAAGAAGGUGAAGAUGAGGACGGUUACGAUGAGGAUGACGAGGAUGACGAAGAGGACUAUGAGGACUAUUAUGAUGAGGAUGAUGAGAUGCAAGAAUGA